AUGCUUCAGGACCGCCUCACAAAGCUUCCUGCAAUCCACGACUUGAGUCCACAACGUUUCCAGACCGUCUCCACAACAGAAACACCUGCUCACUUCCUUGCUCUUGAAGGCUACCUGGGGUUCGUAACACUUCACACCGUGUCGACGCCCUCCUACUGUCUUCACACCGUGUCGACGCCCUCCCACUGUCUUCACACCGUGUCGACGCCCUCCCACUGUCUUCACACCGUGUCGACGCCCUCCUACUGUCUUCACACCGUGUCGACGCCCUCCCACUGUCUUCACACCGUGUCGACGCCCUCCUACUGUCUUCACACCGUGUCGACGCCCUCCCACUGUCUUCACACUGUGUCGACGCCCUCCCACUGUCUUCACACUGUGUCGACGCCCUCCCACUGUCUUCACACUGUGUCGACGCCCUCCCACUGUCUUCACACUGUGUCGACGCCCUCCCACUGUCUUCACACUGUGUCGACGCCCUCCCACUGUCUUCACACUGUGUCGACGCCCUCCCACUCACCUCACACCGUGUCGACGCCCUCCCACUCACCUCACACCGUGUCGACGCCCUCCCACUCACCUCACACCGUGUCGACGCCCUCCCACUCACCUCACACCGUGUCGACGCCCUCCCACUCACCUCACACCGUGUCGACGCCCUCCCACUCACCUCACACCGUGUCGACGCCCUCCCACUCACCUCACACCGUGUCGACGCCCUCCCACUAUGUCAUGUCAUGA